UCUUCUUCUUCUUCUUCUUCAUACACACAAACCCUAAAACCAGAGCGGAAAGAAGAAUGGAUGUAGUGAAAGAUGUGAAGAAUAUGGUUAAGGAUGAGAGUCCAAGGAGAGGAAGAAGUAGAGCUGAUUUCGCAGUACGUGUACUGGGGUUUGUAGUAACAUUGGUUGGGGCAGUUCUGGUUGGGAUUGACAAGGAGACCACAACUGUUUCAGUCAGACUUGUAGAAACCUUGCCUCCCCUGCAUGUCUCUGUUACUGCUAAGUGGCAUUACAUGUCUGCUUUUGUGUACCUGAUGGUGUCAAAUGCAAUAGCAUGUUCAUAUGCAGCAGCUUCAUUGGCAUACUCAAGCAUUAACAAGAACAAAAUCAAUGCAUUUGCCCUAAUCAUCCUAGAUUUGAUCAUAACAUCAAUGAUGUUCUCCGCCGUUGGAGCUGCCAUCGGUGUUGGACUCAUCGGCCGGUCGGGGAAUUCCCACGUAAAGUGGAACAAAGUCUGCUAUGUGUUUGGUUCUUUCUGUCAUCAAAUGACUGCUGCAAUCGUCAUGUCUCUGCUUGGAUGCUUUGCCUUUCUUGGCUUGGUGCUUCUUUCUCUAUUGAAGCUCUAUAAGACUUCAUCAGCUUAGAUUAGACUACCAUUAAUGGUAACUAGUUUGGACUUAUUUCAUUGUGGUAGCUACUAAGUGUGUAAUAUUGCUGGAGUUGUUCUCCAAAUAGUAUCCAACUAUGGGACUAAAUUCGGGCCUUCGGGUUCACGAGUAUAAAAGUUUAUCAUUUAACGACA